AUGACUCCAAUUGUUCUCCUGGCCAUCCUGUGCUUGGGCGUGGUCUCAGCUGCUCCAACACGUGAUCCCAGUUUGGAUGCUGUAUGGGAGGAAUGGAAGACAAAACACGGGAAAACGUACAAUAAGAACGAAGAAGGACAGAAGAGAGCAGUGUGGGAGAACAACAUGAAGAUGAUCGGCCUGCACAACGAGGACUAUCUGAAGGGGAAGCAUGGCUUCAGCUUGGAGAUGAAUGCCUUUGGUGAUUUGACCAAUACAGAAUUCAGGGAAUUGAUGACUGGCUUUCAAAGCCUGGGACCCAAGGAGACAACCAUCUUCCAGGAGCCCUUGCUGGGUGAUCUCCCCAAGUCUGUGGAUUGGAGGCAGCAUGGCUAUGUGACUCCUGUGAAAGACCAGGGUGCUUGUGGCUCUUGUUGGGCUUUUAGUGCAGUUGGUUCCAUAGUAGGACAAAUGUUCAGGAAAACAGGCAAGCUGGUCCCUCUGAGUGAACAGAACCUUGUAGACUGCUCCUGGUCACAUGGCAACAAUGGUUGCAAUGGAGGCUUGCCAGACCUUGCCUUCCAGUAUGUGAAGGAUAAUGGAGGCUUGGACACCAGUGUGUCCUACCCAUAUGAAGCAGUGAAUACAACGUGCAGGUACAAUCCUAGAAACUCUGCUGCUAAUGUCAGGGGCUUUGUGAGCAUCCACUCUAGUGAAGCUGCUCUGAUGAAGGCUGUGGCCACCGUCGGGCCUGUCUCAGUUGGAAUUGAUACUAAGCACCACUCCUUCCAGUUCUAUAAGGGGGGCAUGUACUAUGAGCGAGAGUGUAGCAGCACUAAUCUGGAUCACGCUGUCCUGGUGGUUGGCUAUGGUGAAGAAUCAGAUGGCAGGAAGUACUGGCUGGUCAAAAACAGUUGGGGUCAAUACUGGGGCAUGAAUGGCUACAUAAAGAUGGCCAAAGACCGGAACAACAACUGUGGAAUUGCUACCUAUGCUACCUACCCUCUCGUGUGA